AUGGCGAAAAAUGCAGCUGCGCUCUCCACUCUUAAGGACUGUCUUCAGUUCCUGGAGUGGUUGCGUGGUGACAAGCUGGGAAAGGACAUGCAAGGCCUGGUGGCCCAUCGACUGGAAAGGCUACUCGAAGAUAGAUACAAAACUGUCAGUCAAUCGCAAAUUGCGUCGGCACUAUCUAAUUUCCUUAGCAACAUAUCCAAGUUUCAUACGAAAUUAUGCGCUUCUCCACGCGGUUCUUACAAUGGCCAAAAAACCGCUAAAAAUGUCCUCAACAAUCUAAUCGCGUGCAUCCCCAAGUUGCUAUCUGCGGUGUACUUUCUGCGCUACCAGGUGGACCCGGGCUUUGCUGCACUCGGCGGAGGGGAGUGGAAGGACCAACAGGUUGGGGUGAUUGCACUGUACGCUGCUAUUGGCAGAGGGUUGGAUGCAGCUAUAACCGGCCCAUUAGACAAGUACCUUAUCGCUCCAUCCCACGAUAACCAGUACGGCGUUAUACCUGGAGGCUUCGAUCCUAGUGAGUUGAGGCAAGGUCAUCUUCAGGGUUAUUCCGAAGCUUCUCAAAUGGCCGGUGACCUCAUAAAGAUAUUGGAUAAGGAGACUAAUGCGCAUAAUCUCUUUCGUGACGUCUAUUCCACAACAGUAAUUCCGCCAACAUUUGGCGCUGACACCGCGAACGUCGCCAACGCUGUUCGCUUGGUGCAAGAUUUUUGUGGGAUAUUUGGAGGCUUAAAAAGUGUUGACGAAUUAAGAAACCAUUUAUAUAGGAAAGAUAGAUGCAUAAAUUUGCAACAAUUAAAAGAUCAUUGCGCCAAACUUAAGACGUCUCUCGGCACAAUCUUCAAGCAGGACCAUUUUUCUUUCACCGGUUACGGGCGGAAAUAUGAAGUUUUUGUAGACGAAAAUAUCGCUAAGAAGAUGGCGAGCUGGCUUAGAAAGAAUUUGCAUACAGUGAAAGAGAAGUUGGCCAAAAUUAAGGCUUUUAGAAGCGUCAAUAAUAUCAAUAAGCUUAAGAGCGGUAAACUGCAGCAAGCUGACAAAACAGCCCUUCAUACUUAUUUUACACAGAACUUUAUUCCUUACGGAUUCACGUUUUACGGCAACCAUUACACCAACAAAAACGCUCCGUAUGGUCUUUUACAAACGGAAUGGGACAGAGCAAUCAAUGAUCUUAAUAAACCAGAUGAGGGUUUGGCCAAGCUAGUUAAGAUUCUUAAUGGUGAGCAGUGUCAACUACAAAAGCAAGAUGAACCAGAAGAUGAUGAAGAGGCUCUGGAAGAGCCUCCGGAUGUAGAGUUAAAGGAGAAUGGAGAGACUGAAAUUCUCAAACCAAAUCCCCCAAAACCUGUGGCCACCAAGGCCGAGGCGGCGAAGCCGACUGCCACUAAGGAUCCUGAGGGAGCACAGAACCAGGGCAAGAAGGGUGAGGGGACUCCAACUCAGAAUAACGACCAGAGUAAAUCUCGCGAUUCACCAAUUGGAAAGUCUGCUGAUGCAACUCCGCCUCCCGUUGGUGGAGUAGCUCCAGGCCCGCCAGGGCCUCCUGGUCCAGUGUCCAAGGUUUCUUCUCCGGCUCCAGCUUCACCCGUUGUCAAGGCUGUUAAACCUGCGCCUCCCGCUGCUUCAGGAGCUGCAGGCCCCGAAGGGCCUAAGGGUGAUCAGGGAUCGAAAGGGCCUCCUGGUACAGGGUCUUCGGAUCAUUCUCCGACUCAAAUUCAGACGAGUCAACAAACUGUUAUAACUCCAUCUCAAGGCCCGCCAGUUCUUCCCCCUCCACCGGCUGCUCUCCCCAGUGCUCCUGCAACCCCUUCCCUCCCUGGUUUGUCCGGUGUAACGGUUCAGGGUUCACCGGCCGGUGAUGCUCCAACUAUACAGCCUGCUAUCCCUCAAGUCCCUGUGUCUACUCAGCGUCCGAGUGUUUCAGGGCCAAGCGCUGCGUCACCUGGUGAUCAGGGGACUAGGCAAGAUAGUGGUCAAGGUGUUGGUCAACAAGUUACUCAAGUUGUUACCCAACCAACAAGUCAGGCCUCCGGUCACGAUCCAAGCAGCGGCGUUACUACGUCGGUUGUCCCGGCGCCUGGUGGAGCUGGAGCUGGAGGGGGUGGGAAGGAUUCCGGGGCUAAAAAAGAUGCUCCACAAGAUUCCUGUCCUAGUGAAAAGGGAUUGACGAAAAUAAAACUCUGGCCUAAUGGCGGUACGUACUGCGUUAGAGAUCCAAAACCGCAGGCCCGGAAUUACUACGGAGUCAAUGACACAACCAGUGAUGAGCUCUGGGAACAGUAUAAGCAGCGUGAAAUAUUGCAGCCGUGGCAAGAUAAAAUAAAAGCAAGGAGACGUGAGAAGCAAGAUAAGGAACGCAAAAAGGAAGAUGAACGUCAACUUCAAUAUCAGUCCAUGCUUCCAGGCAUUGAAGUUGCGUACAAGGCGCGGGAUGGGAGUGCCUUUCACCUGGAAGAACGGGAGAAAUUGAGGAAGAUCACCAUGGACGUCAGAGGAGAAAUCUUACGAGAACCUCCGGACAUUACAAUAGAGAUCCCGCGUCCCGUCGUGGCUACCAAAACAAACGACGAUGACAUGGCUGAUCUCCCAACGCCUCUGAGUUCACAACCUCCCGCGUGGACAACGCUCCGUGGAGCGGCCGUGACUUCAGAUUCCGAUUACAUUAAGUAUGCCUCAAAUAAGCCCCUUCCGCCAGUCCCCCCUGUUGGUGUCCCCAUGGGUCACGCAAUAGAGCCGCCGAAAUUGCCGAGAGCUCCAAAAACUCUGUCGGCACCAAAAGAUAUGCUGGACGUCACAGGCCAGCCUAUCACCCACACAGUGUUAGUGGAUGUCCCGCCACUGCCUCCACGAAUCCCAAAGCCCCCUAAUCCUGUGGAUCAGUACCCCCCUAGCCCUGUCAAAGUUGACACGCAAGACAUGACAAAAUAUCUAGGGGUCUCUGACGUAAUCCUGACAAAGUCCACUGGCAGUGAUAUAGCAGUUCCCCCACCUCACAAGGUGGACACUCCUCCGCCGCCAUCUCUGAUAGACGCGUGGACCAUCCCCAACCCCAAAAGAAACCGUCCCGUGUCACCUCCCCCAGCCUUCAAAUUGCCUAAGACGCCGCCGACCGCUGAUGUCAAAAUUCCAAGCAUCGAAAUAUCACCAGACUCACGCAUUAUGACAGCUUCAAUGCUUGAUGUCAUGGGUUCUCCCACCACUGCUACUAACACAGCACAUCCCUUGCCGCCGCUAUCAGCCUUGAACCUGCCCUGGCAGCGUGAUGAUACUGUUAGUAAAAUGCCUCCCACAGUUACGCUUAAUGAGCAUGACAUGGCAGACAUAACACAUGUUACUGGCGACGUAAUUAAAACGCCCAUGGCGCAACUUCAAGGUCACCCUAAUAUGGGCAUCUCCGUUACACCGGAGCUCACAGGCCAGCCUGUUGCCGAGAUUAUGUUCGACGAUCCUGAUAUCAUUCCAAUCGAAUUAGUAAUCGAACAGCGGCAUGAAACUGAGGCGGCGCCCAACGCGCAAAUUGAGGCGCCACCCACAGCAACACAAGGCUUCACGAAACAACCGUCUCGGACUACCGCACCACCUGUGGAGUGGCUUGAGCCUGCCGCUCCCAUAGCGGCUUUACCUGAGAUACCCCCGGACGCAUUCACUGUCAGCAUAGAUGCAUACGAUAAUGUGAUAAAUACAAGCGCUGCGGAAUUUCGCAAGAAAUUUGAUCUCAACACAACGCCCGAUGUCUAUCAAUGCCAAGCUCUCUGGUACGCCCAUGAUGCCUCACAUUCCACCGACCAACUAACACCCUCCCCGCCCCCAGACUCGGACCAGCUGCCCACGCCAAACACCGUCAGGGAAAUGCUCCUCUGGCUGGUUGGGUUGAACCAAAAGGGGUAUAUUGCUUUCAUUGAGGAGCAUCUGAAAAACCUUUUGAGGGAGUACAACAAUGAUGUUUCACAAUCUCCAGAUUCCCUCGAGGUCACUGGGCAUCCCACCAAUCUGACCGCUACCCGUGUCGCCAACACCCUGACCGAGGCGUGUCUCUACUCGGCCAACUUUCUCUACAGGAUUAAACACAAAGACAUAUCCGAUGACUUCAAAACCUUUUUCAAGUAUCAAAAGAAAUAUGCCUUUUAUUAUUCCUCCGACCCCGCCUGCCUCCUCUGCCAGCUGCGGGACUACGUCUACGUCUGCCACCACCAGUUGACGUUCCUGAAGUCGCAGUGCUCUCGGAAUAAAAUAAACGGUGGUUGGCAGGAUUGUCAAUAUGGCAAUAAUGUCCCCAAGUCACCCCUCCAAGCCUUCCUGACUGACGCCUCCGACUCCAAGUUCGACACUCACCUCUUCGACCCGUGCAACAUCUGCCUCAAGAGCCGUGUCAACAUGGGAUUCACAAAGGACGAUUUGCCUGAGAAUCUGCAAACCGGCAAGCAUAUUUCCACCAUCCUCUCUCCCACCUGCGGCGGCGAAGAUCCCCUGCUGACAUUGGCCUCUUACCUCAACUGCCUCACCAGGCGGACGCCGCGCACCACCGGGGAGCUUGUCUCGUUCUUCCACAAUUUCGGGAAUUCGCUUCAUGAUGCGCCUUCAAAAAGCUUGUCUCCACUGGGCUCCGCCCUCUCCAAGCCACAUGCCCACUGCCCCGACUGGGACCAUCUUGAGGCCGACGAUCUACAAACCAUCCAGGACGCCCGGGGCUCCGCCCCUCCCACCGCCAACUCCAACCACGACCACUACAACGACCAUCCCAAGACCCUGUCUACGCUGCUCGGUUGCGGCAUCGAUAAUGCCAAGUGCCCACAACACUUCACGCCCAUCACCUACCGGGCCUACGCCCUGUACUCUUCUAGCUUCACCCACAACUACCUCAGCUGGACGGCCUACCUACCCGACAGACUGUGGGAGUCACUGCUCAAGCUGCAAUGUGAUCUCGAGGACCUUCAAUGCCCCGGCUCCAAGUGCGCAUCACUCCACCAGUGUGACAAGGCCCUGCCCCUCCUCUACACUCACGGGUUCACGCCACCGGACGGGGCACUGCAGCCGUCACUCACGUGUUCCAAGGUCAUCUCCAAGCUGGAGGCAGUGGUCGCCGGAAAGCCUAUCGCAAGCCUCAUGACCGCCAUGGACACAUUCCUGUACAAUAUCAGGACGCCCUUCCUCCUCACCAUCGGAGCGCUCUGGCUCACCGCCACGCUCUACAUUCUCCACUCCUUGCUCUACCGCAUGGACGUCCUGCGCAUCCGCUCCCACCUCCUCACCACCAGGGCCUCCCACCUCAUCGACGUCAAGGCGCUGCUCGCCGGAAGCCGCAGGAUGCUCUCACUCUACAAGGACGUCGAUUACUUCGACGAUGAGCCUAUGGGUCAACUCGAUGUAUCGCAGUAA